UUGUUUAAAUUAAAAAUUUAAAAGCCAAAAUCACAGAAGAAGGGGGAGACUGGUCGGUAGCUAUCGUUACGCACCGUUGGUUGCUCCGUCUUCUUCUUUAAGGUACGAUUUCCCCGGGUUCAUCCGAUCCGGCCCCUCUAAUCUAUUUUGUUUUGCAUAAUUAAUUAUCCAAUCCCCAGCUUUAAGGUCAUAAUUCGGUUUCUACUUUUUUUCUUUUUGGGGGUAGGGGGGCAAGUAAUUGAUAAUUUCUUCAUGCUGGCCUCCAAAUUCUAGGGUUUGAAACUCUCUAUAUACAUGCCUACAUACGUUCCGUGUAUGACUAUGCACAUCGGCAAUUGGGUCGAAUUCGAAAUAGAGAGGUUUGCUUAGUGGAUCGGCAAUAGUGGUUAUAAUUGUUGCCAUGGCGAGUGUGGGUGGCGAAGACGCUGAUGCGGUUCUCAGCGACGUGGAGGGCGAAGAACCGAUCCCGAUCGUGAUCAAGAAUCCGACUCAGGAGGAUAUCUCCGUCGAGAAAUUUCGUGAGCUUCUCGCCGAACUCGAUCGCGAGCGGCAGGCUCGCGAGGUGGCGGAGAACUCGAAAUCGGAGUUGCAGGUUUCGUUCAACCGCUUGAAGGCUCUGGCUCACGAAGCAAUUAAGAAGCGCGACGAGAGCGGGAGGCAGAGGGACGAAGCUCUGCGCGAGAAGGAAGAAGCUCUGAGGUCGAGUGAGAAGGUCACGGCAGAAUUGGCUGAGGCGAAUAGAGCAAAAGACGAGCUUUCGAAGCAGAGAGAUGAGAUUGCGAAGCAAUUUGAUGAAGCAGUGAAGGAGAGGGACGGAUUAAGAUCGGAGAUUGAGACUUCUAGCCAUAUGAUGAUAACUGGGAUAGAGAAGAUAUCGGCGAAGGUUAGCAAUAUCAAGAAUUUCACAGUGGGUGGGUUGCCAAGGUCGCUAAAAUACACGGGGUUGCCAGCGGUGGCAUAUGGUGUGAUUAAACGGACGAACGAGAUUGUAGAAGAGCUCCUAAGACAGAUUGAUGCCACGACUAAGUCUAGGAAUGAAACAAGGGAACAGAUGGAGCAGAGGAAUUAUGAGAUUGCCAUUGAGGUUUCUCAGCUUGAAGCAACGAUGAAUGGGUUGAGGGAAGAAGUUGCGAAGAAGACUUCGGUUGUUGAGACUUUGGAGAAGACUAUAGCCGGAAAGGAUGGAAAGAUAUCUGAAAUUGAAAGAGAUACGAUGGAGAAAUUGAAUAAGGUUGAGAAUGAGGCUUUGGAGCUGAGGCAGAUAGUCAGUGAGUAUGAUGACAAGUUGAGGAGUUUAGAAUCAAAGAUGGAAUCACAGAGGCCUUUGCUAAUUGAUCAGUUGAAUCUUGUGUCGAGAAUUCAUGAACGGAUAUAUGAUGUGAUCAAGAUAGUUGAUUUUAAUAAUUUGGACCAGUCAGAGUUCUCUGAGUCGUUGUUUCUCCCGCAGGAAAUGGACAUGGAGGAGAAUAUUCGUGCUGCUUUGGCUGGGAUGGAGUCUAUUUAUGAGCUGAUCAAAAUUGUUGUUCAAAAGACCAGGGAUUUAGUAGAGGAGAAGAGUCGUGAAAUAAAGGGUUUGGAUGAAACAGUAGGUCAACUGGUCAAGGAGAAAGAGCAUAUUGGAUCAUUACUUAGGAGUGCUUUGACAAAUAGGAUGGCAAUGGAUCCAUCUUCCAAAGGGAAUGCACUGUUUCAAGUUGCAGAAAAUGGUUUGAGGGAGGCUGGGAUAGAUUUCAAAUUCAGUAAGCUUCUUGAGGAUAGAAAGGUUCCAAAUCCCAAUGACAAAGUGGAUGUGCCAGGGACAGAGAGUGAUGAGAUAUACUCUUUGGCUGGUGCUUUGGAGAAGAUUGUUAAGGCAUCUCAGCUUGAGAUCAUUGAGCUGCAACAUUCUGUGGAUGACCUAAGGGCAGAGUCAAGCUUACUUAAAGAGCAUGUAGAGAUUCAAGCCAAGGAGCUUGACCAUAGAAUGCAACGGAUAGAGGAACUCGAAGAAAAGGAGAGAGUGGCGAAUGAAAGUGUUGAAGGGCUUAUGAUGGACAUUGCUGCUGCUGAAGAAGAAAUCACGAGAUGGAAAGUAGCAGCAGAGCAAGAAGCUGCUGCAGGCAGAGCUGUUGAACAAGACUUUGCGGCGCAGUUGUCAUCAAUUAAGCAGGAGCUUCAAGAAGCUAAGCAAGCCGUGUUGGAGUCUGAAAAGAAGCUCAAAUUCAAAGAAGAGACAGCCACUGCUGCCAUGGCUGCAAGAGAUGCAGCUGAGAAGUCAUUGAGGUUGGCAGACUCGAGGGCGUCCAGGCUGAGAGAUAGAUUAGAGGAGCUUACCCGUCAGCUCGAAGAAUUUGAGAACCGGGAAGACUUGAGGGGCCAAAAUAGGCCUAGAUAUGUAUGCUGGCCGUGGCAGUGGCUUGGGAUGGACUUUGUAGGCGUCCGCGGGUCUGAGAUAGAACAACAGGGUUCCAAUGAAAUGGAGCUUUCUGAACCUCUUUUAUGAUUAUACUUUUUUUUCCCCUUCUAUUUUUCCCCUUCUUUGUAUCUACUGUGAUCUUUCAAAUUAAAAAUAGCAUAGCAAUGGUAGUUUAUAUCAACUUCAUUAUUCGAGAUUCUCCCUAGUAUUUGCUGUAAUUUGGUGCUGAGCCGAAGUGAAUCGUGGUGGAAAAUUUGGUGUU